UUGUUCGUGCUGGCUGACGUGAUUCUAAUGGAUAAUAUUUCUGUGCUGACAUUUUUUACACUCUCAGGACUGAAUUACACAGUACACCACAGGCUCAUUCUCUUUGCCUUAACUUUGCUGUGUUACUCAGUAAUUUGGAUAGUAAAUGCUGUUCUCAUCAUAACCAUCAUUGUGGACCGAAAGCUUCAUGAGCCCAUGUAUAUCUUCCUGUGUAAUCUGUGUAUUAAUGGACUUUAUGCAACAGCAGGUUUUUACCCCAAAUUCCUCUUGGAUCUUCUGUCCACUUCUCAUGUCAUUUCUUACGCCGGAUGCCUUCUGCAGAGUUUUGUGAUUCACUCAGCAUCUGGAUGUGAUUUAUCAAUUUUAGCUGUGAUGGCCUAUGACAGAUAUGUUGCAAUAUGUCAACCUUUAAUGUACUACUCACUUAUGACUACACAAAGAGUAUCUCUGCUUGUGGCCUUCUCCUGGCUCUUGCCUCUUUUUUGCAUGUUCAAUAACACAAUGACAAUUUUUCAAACAAGGCUGUGUGGCUCACACAUACCUAAACUUUACUGUUCAAACGCGUUAAUUGGUAAACUAGUUUGCUCGACAUCUGUAGCAAAUAUAAGCAUUGCAUAUUUGAACAUUGCAAUUUACGUCAUACAUUUUUUGUUUCUCCUUUGGUCGUAUAUGUAUCUGGUGAAAACUUGCUUAAAGUCAAAGGAGAACAGGAAGAAGUUUAUGCAAACAUGCGUCCCACAUUUAGUUUCUUUGGUGAACUUUGGUUUUGCCGUGUUGUUUGAUUUAAUGUACACUCGAUUCGGUUUAGGAAUGUCAUCACAGAGCUUUCAGAACUUCAUGGCAAUAGAGUUUCUAUUAAUUCCUCCAAUUCUGAAUCCUUUAGUGUACGGCCUGAAACUGACCAAAAUUCAGAAAAGAAUUUUUGGUUUUAUUCGUCAACAAAAAUGUCAUAAUAGCUACUGA